UUAAGGCUGGUCAGUUCUUCAAGCAAGGAAAGAAGGCUUCAAGACGACUGUCUCAGAUCUCUGGAGAUUGCCCUGCUUUAAGGCUGGUCAGUUCUUCAAGCAAGGAAAGAAGGCUUCAAGGCGACUGUCUCAGAUCUCUGGAGAUUGCCCUGCCUUAAGGCUGGUCAGUUCUUCAAGCAAGGAAAGAAGGCUUCAAGACGACUGUCUCAGAUCUCUGGAGAUUGGACUCCCUGCAGUCAGUCAGCUGUUGGUCUUAACACCACUUGAACAUAGAGAAGAGGGGAGACCUACACCACAUCAGUGAAGGUCACCUGCCGUGGCUGCUUGGUGGUGCUGAGGUUGCUGCUGACCAGUGCAAUCAUCAUCUCUGCACUCACCUAGGACCUGUCCAUCGUCCUCCAGCUUGAUUUCAGCUCUUCUGCAGUGUAUCUGUGUUAUUGACUGAGACUGCUUGGGUAGGAGUCUCAUUGGUACUGGAUUGGUUGGUCAUUUACGCCUUGUCCCUCACUGUAUCUCUUGAGUAAUCAAAAGCUCAGAGUGGGAAGGUACAAUACUGUGACAGAUCUGUCAUUGAGACUGAGGCUUUGGUAGGCAUUCUUAAAUUGAGCCUUCUAACUUGUACCAUGACUGGGGCAGAAGUUGAGACCGGUUCUCAGGCCAAGCCUGAUAAGAAGCCUCAGGAAGAGGUUGCAGGUGGGGCUGAGAGAGAAAGUGAAGUCCCUCUGGUGGUCAGACCCAAAGUCAGGCCUCAGGCUCCAGCAACAAGUGGUGCUAGGCCCAAAACUGAAACUAAAUCUUCCUCUCGGGCAAGGUGUAAAACUGAAACCCAAUCAGUGUCUGGAACAAGACACCGAAUGAGUGGAGCAAGGCCAAGAUCUGACGCUCAAGUAAUGUCUGGUGCCAGGCCUAAAACCGAUGCCAGGGCAGUAGGUGGUGCUCGCCCUAAGACUGAGGCCAAGCCAAUCCCAGGAGCAAGGCCUAAGGGUGAUGCCCAGGCUUGGGCCCACAGUGAGUUUGGAGCUGAGGCAAUGCCACGUGCUGAGAGAGCACCCUUAUCUAAUUCUGUCACAUGGCCACCAGUCAAUGCUGGGUCUACAACUGUUACUAAAUCUAAGAGUCUGUCUAUGAAUAGAGAACUGACCAGUAUGGGUAGUGAAAUCUUUUCUGGCACCCAGGGUCAGCCUGGAAUCGAGCCCUGGUUUGGACCAAGAGAAGAGGCUAAUAUGGGUUCUUGGUGCUAUCCCAGGCCCAGAGCCAGAGAGGAGACCUCUAAUGAGUCAGCAGAUGAAAACUCUACAAUGUCUUCUUUCUGGGCUAGAGAGGAGACUAGUAUCAGAUCGUGGCCCAGGGAAGAGGUGAACACUAGGUCCAGGCACAGGGCUAAACAUCAGGCUAAUGCCAGGUCCAAGCCCAGAUCCAAACAAGAUCCCUAUAUUGAUUCUUUGUCUGGGUCUGAGGAUGAGGCCAGUAACCCAUUCUGCUUUUGGGCUGGAGAAAAUACUAAUGACAUGUUUAGGGCCAGAGGCAGGGAUGAGGCGAAUGCCAGACCCAAGAUCAGGACAAAGAGAGAGGACUAUUUUGAAGAUGAAGAUGAGUUCUAUAAAGAGUCCUGGCUUUUGCCUGGGGAAGAGGCUAAUAGAUUUAGGCGCCGAGACAAGGAAGAGCCUAGUAAGACCUUGGAAAAUGAGAACCAAAAAGAUGUUAAAAAUGAUGAAACGGUCAAACAAGAGUCCAGGCUUGAGGAGGAAGUCAUUAUUGGGUCCUGGUUCUGGGCAGAACAGGAGACUAAUUUGGAGGCUGGAGCUUCUGCAAUCUGUGAAGCUGAACCAGGGGCUGAAGAGGGAGCCAUUGGUGGAUCCCUGUUCUGGACCGAAGAAAAGCCUAGUUUGGGGGCUGUGGCCAGAGAUGAGGUCAGGCCUGAGUCUGAAGAAGAGGCCAUAUUUGGGUCCUGGUUUUGGGAUAGGGAUGAGGCCUGCUUUGACCCAAAUCCUACUCCUGUGUACACAGCUAAGAGCAGGUACAGAGAUCCAGAAGAGGAUCUUAAUUUAGCAUCCAGGCCCAAAACCUGGGACGAGGUUACCAUUGAAUUUAAACCUCCUUGCCAUGGGCUUGGGUUCCCUUCCCCAAGACCCUUUAUAAUUCCUGAAGGGGCUUCUGGAAAUACUGAGGAAAAAGCCAAGAAUGCAGAGCUUGGUGCAGAGGGGGAAGAGCAGGAAUCUGUGGUUCAGCGUGAUCUUCCUGAACCUGAGUUCCCAUUUCAGUAUGAUCCCUCUUACCGCUCAGUCCAGGAAAUUCGGGAGCAUCUUAAGGCCAGGGAAAGUGCACAGCCAGAGAAUUGGUCUUGCACCUGCAUCCAGUGUGAGCUUAAAAUUAGUUCUGCGGAGUUUGAGGAACUUCUUUUACUGAUGGACAGAAUUCGUGAUCCUUUUAUCCAUGAGAUAGCUAAGAUCGCAAUGGGCAUGAGAAGUGCUUCUCAGUUUACCCGAGAUUUCAUUCGAGAUUCGGGUGUGGUCUCACUGAUUGAAGCCUUGAUGAAUUAUCCUUCCUCCCGAGUGAGGACUAAUUUUCUGGAAAACAUGGUUCACAUGGCUCCACCUUAUCCAAAUCUAAACAUGAUUGAGACAUUUAUUUGUCAAGUGUGUGAGGAAACACUUUCACAUAGCGUGAAUUCCCCUGAACAGCUAACUGGAAUGAGGAUGCUUAGACAUCUCACUAUAACUACUGACUAUCACGUACUGAUUGCCAAUUACGUGUCCGGGUUUCUCGCCUUAUUAACCACAGGCGAUGCAAGAACCAAGUUUCAUGUUCUGAAAAUGCUGUUGAACUUGUCUGACAAUCCUAUGGUGGCAAAAAAACUAUUCAGUGCCAAAGCUCUAUCAAUAUUUGUGGGUCUCUUUAACAUAGAGGAGACAAAUGAUAACAUUCAGAUUGUUAUUAAAAUGUUUCAGAACAUCAGUAAUAUUGUAAAAAGUGGAGCGAUGUCAUUACUUGAUGAUGAUUUCAGUCUUGAGCCGCUUGUUUCUGCAUUCCAUGAAUUUGAAGAGCUAGCUAAACAGCUACAGAUCCAAAUAGACAAUCAAAAUGAUCCCGAGGAGGGACAGUAAAGUUAGUGUGAUUAACCACCUGCCACUCAUCAGCCUUAUGUUCCCAAAGAGCCCCAAAUAGUGCUUUGGUGUUCACAGUCUGUUUCUGUGUCGUAACUUAUAUUUUUAAUGCUAAUGUUAACUUGUCAAACUCUUGUUGUGAGCUGGAUCAUUUGUGGAUGCCAAAAAUGAAUAUCAGAACUGAAAACACACUUGUUGAUAUUUGUCUUACCGUCCAGAUUGUGAUAUUUUUUAGUGUUGAGCUCCCAGUGAACCAAGUCAUAUGAGUAAGCUAUCCUGCUAUUUGUCAUUUAAACAUGUGGUUCUCUGCUUGAGUCUGUGUUUUCAAUAAAGUUCGAUGUUAAAAUUGGCAUAAAUGACCCUUCU